CCAACUCGCGCAUGUCAAUAAAGCACAAUAGGAAGGGAAAGGAAAAAGGAAGUCGUUUGUUGGCCGGUCUGGUUGGAGGAAGAUUUGUUAACUGGUGGCCAUUUUUUGGGAACACGGUGCGCUGAAACGAUUCACUGCGAAAAUGCAAUACAAUAACGUAUUUCAAAGUAACCAGAUGUACAGAUCUAGACCCGAUCGGAACGAACAAUAUGGGAAGCAGGCAAGUUAUUGGAAUGGUCCUCCUCAGCACGCAGUAGCUCCAGUGCAGGAUUUUGGUGGCCCGAAUAUGAGACAAUUUAACAAUAGGAAAAGACAGCAGAUGCAACAGUACCAGCAACAAAAUAACGAAGAAAUUAUCAUGCAAGCUCCUGUAUGGGAAGAAACUGAAUUGAAACCCUUUCGAAAGGACUUCUAUGUUCCUCACAAAAACGCCAAAAAUAGAACACAGAAAGAUGUGGAUGAUUAUAGAGAUCUUAAAGAUAUUAUUGUCCAGGGAGAUAAUGUACCCCAUCCCAAUUUUUGUUUCGAAGAAAGUAACUUUCCUGACUAUAUUAUGCAAACUUUGAUGAAGCAAGGUUUUAAUGAUCCCACUGCAAUCCAAUCCCAAGGAUGGCCCAUUGCUUUAAGUGGAAGAGAUUUAGUUGGAAUUGCCCAAACCGGGUCUGGAAAGACUCUUGCCUAUAUGUUACCAGCUACUGUUCACAUCAACCACCAGCAAAGGCCGCAACGGGGAGAAGGGCCGAUUGCACUUAUUCUUGCUCCAACCAGAGAACUGGCCCAACAGAUCCAGAAAGUAGCACAUGAAUUUGGACAGAAUGUAAUGAUUCGUAACACCUGCAUUUUCGGAGGCUCCCCCAAGGGCCCCCAAGCCAGAGAUUUGGAGAGGGGGGUAGAAAUUGUUAUCGCUACCCCAGGGAGACUGAUAGAUUUUUUGGAAAAAGGAACCACAAAUUUACAAAGGUGCACUUAUUUAGUUUUGGACGAAGCUGAUCGCAUGUUAGAUAUGGGCUUCGAACCACAAAUUCGAAAAAUUAUUCAGCAAAUUAGACCAGACCGGCAGGUCUUGAUGUGGUCCGCUACAUGGCCCAAACAAGUUCAAGCUCUGGCAGAAGAAUUUUUGGUCAACUAUAUUCAGAUUAACAUUGGCGGUCUAUCGUUAUCCGCGAAUCACAAUAUAAAGCAGAUAGUGGAGGUGUGCGACGAAAUGGAGAAAGAAGGAAAACUUUCCAAACUCUUGAAAGAGAUUAGUUCCGAUCGCAACAACAAAAUCAUAGUUUUCGUCGAGACGAAGAAGAAAGUGGACGAUAUAACUAAAGCGAUCAAGCGAGAAGGAUUUUCCGCCCUUUCCAUCCACGGCGAUAAAUCGCAGCCCGAGCGCGAUUACGUACUAGGCGAGUUCAGAACUGGCAAGUUCACGAUCUUGGUCGCUACGGACGUGGCGGCCCGCGGCUUAGACGUAGAAGACGUCAAGUACGUUAUCAACUAUGAUUACCCAAAUUCCAGCGAGGAUUACGUCCAUCGCAUAGGCAGGACCGGGAGGUGCGAACAGAUCGGCACCGCGUACGCGUUUUUCACGUUGAACAAUCAAAGACAAGCCAAAGAUCUAAUUUCGGUGCUAGAGGAGGCCAAUCAGAAUGUUUCGCCGAAAUUGCAAGAGUUGGCGCAAAACAACCGAUCGAGUCAGAACGGUCGGAACCGUUGGAACAAUCGCAACAAAGAUAAUUCGUCGCCUACAAACCGUAACAAUAAGUCAAACUGGCAGCACAAGCAGAACACAUUCGUGACCGGCAUGGAGUUUUACGGGAAACAACAGAGCGGUAACACAUCGCCCAAAAACAGUCCCACAAACAAUAGACACGAUAAUGGCCAGAGGAGGAAUAAUUACAACAAUUACAAUCAGUACCAGAAUCCGCAGUUCCAAAACGGGCAACAGUACCAGCAGUCGUACAGUCCACCCGCUUACUAUCAGCAACAGAUGCCGCAGGGUAGUCAGGGACGUCAGUAUGGAAACAACCCGCGCAACUACAACAACCGUUACAACAGCAAUCGUCAGCAGUCGUUUGGUGGCAUGCAGUCGAACUCCUACAUGGCCGCGGGCCAGGCCCCCGUACCCUACAUGAUGCAAGCGGCGCCCUCGGCCGGCGUCCCGGACGGUUUGCAGUCGAUUAUCAGCCACAAGUUCUUCCAGAGUCGCGGCCUGACGGGCGGCGCUAAUCCCUGCGCCUACCAACAGAGCCAGGGAGGACCUUACGGCCAGUACGCACCCGGUCCCGUCUCUUACACUUACACGCCGCAGUACGCGCAGCCUCCCACCGCCACCGUGCAACAGUAAAUCUCGCUCUCGAAAGGUUUUUUCCGUUUUGUUCCGCUUCUUAUUUUCUGUUAUUUUAUAGGCGUCGAUCACUGGGGUAUGGUUCCUCUAAUAAAAAGCAAGUUGCAUUUAAUACACCUAAUACGCUUUAUUAGUAUGACAUCAGCUGUCUUAAGUUUGGGAUCUAAAUAAAUCGAUUCCCCAAUCAGUUCUUAUAGGGUUGCUUCAGUUUUUGUGUGAUUUUUAGUUAUUGAAAAUAUUUAACAGAAUUCGCGAUCAUUUAUCAAUUAUUGGAAAUGAAACGAGGAGUAUAAUACACGGGUAAAUCUCGUAUAUCAGACAAAUGUCCUCAAUUUUUUGUCGUUGCACCACGGGAUGUUUCUGGUUUUGGUUUAAUGGUUGAAUAUUCUGCUUCAGCUGUCUAAUUUGCAUGCACUUUCUUUGUCUUAACUAUCCCCAUAAAAAAAGUCGAGCUCAGUCAAGCCGGGCGAACGACCGAGGUGAAUUUUUCGAAAUGGUAUGGCAAAAAUACGGUAUUGUUGUUUUCUGUGGUAUUGCGAUAUCAGUAUUUGCAGAAUUUUAAUUUUAAGAUCCAACUUUAAAAUAUCCAAUUUGCUGAAUGGAGGGCGAGUUGAGGCAGAUUGAUCAUCUGCUGCAAGACUGUCGCACAGUUUCGUCGUUUUGUUCAGCGUGAAUAUUUCAAAGGGCUCUGGCACGGUCGGCCACUGAACCCUCAAAACGUACGCCCAAACUUCUAACUGUGGGAGUCGAUAAUUUUAAUACGUUGGUUUGUGCAAAGGCAAAAUAUUAUAUGACUGCUAGGUCUUAUUUAAGCAAACCUGUAGUUUCCGGUAAGUAAGUUAUCGAAGCCGAUUAUUUGAAGGCUGCCAUUUCCAAUUUUAAUACUUACACCGUAGUAGUCAUACUACACUGUUGAUAAAUAAUCACCAAGUCCGUUAAAUGGUCUUCAAUAAUUUAAAAAACGCACAAAAAUGAGACACCCGUUAAAACUUAGGGCAAAUGGGUUUGGAUCCCAAACAUGGCAAUUAUCAACCAAAAUGGCGAAUGCUACGUAUUCAUUAAUAUAGCAAGUAUUUUCGACGUUCUGACAUUUUUCAUUACUACGAAAAAACCAUACCCGUUUUUUUUAAAAAAAAACUAAGUGCUUUUUCUGAUAUUUAUAGUUAGAAAGGGUGAGGGUUUGCACAGCUUCACUUAAUUGUUAGUCGUCGGUAAAUGUAUGACUUGUUCUACGAAACGCACGUAGGUGUUUCCCAAUUUGCUGCUAAGCGGUAGCUUGAUCCGGCUCCCCGCUCCGAGCAGCCAUCGAAGAAAAACAUGUUUAUCAUUUAGCGAGUAGUAGAUACGCGUCGCGCGUUGAUCUUGCCCCGCCCAUCCCCCGGCAAGGCGAACGGGGCGACAGUUUGUGUGUGAGUUGUUUAGUAUUUAGUAACUAUUCUGUAUGCCAUUGAAAUGCACGAAACGUAUAGAAGGGGAGUUUGGGCUCAUUUGUUGUCCCGUUUCGUUUUUUUUUGUUUUCAUUUUUUUAAAUAGUAUUCCACACGGUACAUGAUUUAUAUUUGAUGCUAUGCGGUGCGAAAAAUCAUACCGAGAUCCCGCCCCCAUCCCGAAUUUGAUCCGGGUAAGUAAAUUCGGUCGCCGGUGGGGCGUCUGGCCCGGGAAAACCGAUAAGUUAAUUUAGAAAUUUGAAUAUUGAGAAAAUAUAUAUGUUAAAUUGAAAAUUUAUCCCUAAACCGGAAAUUGCAUUAUCAUUUUCGUCGCUUUUGUAUGAAUUGUGCAUUAUUUCGAAAGGCAAUUUCUCAAUUAUUUUUAAGGUAAGAAGUCGCUAAGGUGUGAAAUGCUUCAGGUAUAAAAACAGUUGAACAACAGUUUAUUUACACGAAACGAUACUCUAGAAAAUUAAAAAUUCAGUAACAUUAUAAGCUAUUUAUUAGAGACUGAUUUAAUUUAAUUUGAUUUCAGUAGAUUAAAAAAUUUAAUUGCUAUUGAGUCGGCAGGCUUCUGUCCACAGUCUACACGAUUAAUGUCAUAAUAAUAUAAAUAUAAGAAAAUAAAUCGGUGUUUGCUUCUAAUAACGCGAAUGCCAAAUUCGAGAAGAAUGGUAUGACUUAUUUUCCAGGGCAUUGAAGUUUUAUUUUUGUUUUUCAUGAAUAAUGGGUGUUUUUCGACAUGAGCAGUUUCAAUUUACUUAUUAGUUUUGUAGCUCUUGUAGAGAACUUUCAACAAAAAAAUGAAUUCCUCAAUCAUUUUACGUGACAAAAGGCAAAAGAUCAACUAGGGUAGUAAGUUAAUUCUACAAUCCGUUUUGUUGUUCGUAUUGUUAACUUAAAAAUACAAUUUUGACAUACAGUUGUGUGAUAA